UUGUGAAUGUUACAGCAGUAUUUUGUGACUCUUUCAGGUCUUUCUAACAGUAGCUGUCGGGGUGUUACUUACACCUCUACAGAAGUUUGUGCUUUAGUGGGAUCAACAGUAAAUAUUCACUCUUCAUACUCACAUCCCACUGGAUAUACAGUAGAGAAAACAUACUGGCAUUUGGAAGACAGUCAUUUGGAUCUGCGUGAGGUUCAUCAGUUUUCUGGUCGUGUGGAGUAUCUGGGAAACACACUGAGAAUAAAAAAUGCCAGCAUGAGUGACACUGGAAGAUAUCAGUUCAGGUUCAUCACUAACACAUCAGAUGUAGUUUCUGGUUCUCCUGGAGUCUAUCUUACUGUUACAGGUACACGAGUGAUAAGCAGUCCAGACCCUGUGAUAGAUGGAGAAAAAGUGAUAUUAAGCUGUUCAACCAAAUGCCCUCUGGAUAGGAAAUAUACUUACAUCUGGUAUAAGAAUGGACAACAGGUAACAGAUGGAUUGACAUUAUUAAACAAGCUGUACCUGGACUCAAUCAACAGUGAGGAGCUACAAGAGUAUUCCUGUACUGUAAGAGGUAACACAACAUCUCAUCAUACAUCUGACUUUACUGUUACACUGUAAAAAGUAAACAGCUGGAUCAACUUAAAAAAUAACUUCUGUUGGUAAUACCUAAAACAUGAAGUUGUUUCUUAUUGUGAAGUUCAAGUGAAAUUUUAAGUAGUUUUAGUUACCAACUGAAGUAACUCUUUAAAGCUUCAGUCGGCAACUCUGGAGGAUUGAGAUGAUUUUGAAUGUUUUCAAUUUUUAUGCCCCUUCCACACUACCACUGAGCAACAUCAUAUCAAGCUCGUCCUCAUCAGUGUGUGUUUAAGCAUACUUAGAUUACUUACAUAACACUCAGAAAUACAAUAAAUGGUUGAUAAAGCACAAUUACCUGUCAAGAAGAAAUAUGGCAAGCUCUGCCUUUUAAAGCUCAUAGAUCCCUCCACCUUUCAAAUGUUGGUCCGAUAUUGAUCCUAGUUUUAUUACAGACACAGUCGCUUUCUAUCUUCGUUUCCUUCUUUUCCUUUGUUGUUUUCUUUUCAUUGGUUGUUCUCCUAGCUCUGGUUGUUAGCCAAGGAAUCGGAAGUUUGUUAGUGAAUGUUCUCUCCGCCAUCACGCUGCGUUCAAUCCAACACACAUGUGAACUUCAGGCAUAUUCAUGUGAUAUUAGACUUGUUCAAUUUCAAGCAGCGCCACAAGAACCGACAGCCAGAUGACGUCAAAGUACCACGAGAGCAAGACGAAAUUAGACUGUAUGAUUUCUCUCAUCGUUUUCGUGGUACUUUCGCGUCAUCUGGCUGUCGGUUCUUGUGGCGCUUCAUGAAGUCAAACAAGCCUAAUGUAACACACGCAAGGGGGGAGGGGGGAUCUGUGGCGUGUGCAGGAACCGUGAUUGACAGGCAGAUUUUACACAGCCCUGCACUGAUUGGACCAGAUGAAUCAAGAGCUGUGGAUUUUUGCCAACCAAAUAACAGGCUCUAGGUGGAGGUAGAAGCGUGGUUUUUUUUUAAUGAAUAUGAAUAUGAUCAAAAAAAUCUUGCCGACUGCAGCUUUAAGUUGAUCUCACUUUUCACUUGUCACAGUGUAAAUGAUAAAAUAGAUAGUUUCAGUCCUUGAUGCUGAUUGGUUUAUUCUCAGCUAUGACAUCAUCACUGAGCUACUUUCAGUGUCACUGUGCAGCACUUAUAGCUGAUCAUUAAUAUUGAAGUGAGAUGCUACAAAAUUACAGAAAUGUUCAAGUACAAGCACACAUCUUGGUUAGUUAUUGCCUAAUAAGUCAAAUAAGUCACUGGCGCAGCUUCUGCAGGUUUCAAAGUCAGGUGCAGAUAUGCCGCGUUGUUUUGUGUACCAUCAUUACUGGGGAAACCCCUUAAAAAGAAGAUAAAGAAACCCAAUCAAGGUGGAAUUAUUAUUUUUGAAUGCAAGCUGUACUUUAAAUGUACUAACACAACCAAAAGUGAAAGUGUUUUAGCGCUGCCAGUGGCACUGAACGUCAUAGCGCAUCACUCAGAACUUUUGUGUUAUUUUGAAA